AUGCCACUAGGAAAAGGUGGCUUCACCAAACUGAGCCUGACGAUGGACGUGUACUCACAACGGUUGUGGGCUACAAAGAUGAAAAAAGCGACAGGAAAGACUUCAGUAGUCAACUUCAGCAACAUCUGCAACUCAUUCAUGGCACCAGAGACACUGAUGGUAGAUGGCGGACCAGAGAACGAUAACCAGGAGCUGCGGGACAUAUGUGAAUCAUAUGGAAUGGAACUACACAUCCUGCCUGCGUACUCACCAUGGAUGAAUGGCCUGUUGGAAGGGAUGAAUGGGAAGUUGUUGGGAAGGUUGAAGCGACUCUGCGCACCAGAUGUAGGAGAGGAUGAAUAUGAGAAGAUGGGGUGGAAGGACCUGCCGAAGAAUUGGCCGGACUAUCUCGAGGCGGCGGUGCGAUAUUUAAACAACAGGAUACUGCCAGACCUGAAGUAUUCCCCCAAUGAACUGCUCCUCGCACUGGUCAUCAACACCUGCCGUACACCUGCCGAAAUCACAUCAACAGAGGUCACAGAAGCGGAUGUUGUACUUCAGAUGGCAUAUGCUGAUCAACACCAUCUCGACGGGUACUCACAGAUCGUUGAACAUGCUCAGCAUCAGAAGGCUGUAUUUGAUGCGACAGUAACAGCAAGAGCGCCCCGUGAGGUGAUCUUCAAAGCAGACAGAGAGGAAGAUGGAGCCAAAGUGGUCAGCACCAAGGAGGGUAGUGUCACGCGGAAAAAAUUCCUACAUGCUUGA